GAGAGAGAGAGAGAGAGAGAGAGAGAUAGACAGACAGACAGACACAUAUACACAUCAUCAGCAUCAGUAUGAGUGGAGUAAGUGGCUGUGUCACCCUGUGGCUGCUCUGGAUCACGGCCUUACUAUCGCUGACAGUAUUGGCUGAGGAAUGGGAACCCACGUUUACAAGACUGCCUAACGAACAAGGUCAUACGAGGCCAGUCUCUCUACGGACAUCCUGACCAGGGAGAUGAGGAGGAGAAGUACAGUCUCUACGUGGCGCUCAACUACGACAAGGCAAACUUCAACAACAAACAUGAAGUCGGACUCAAGUCCAUCGGAUUCGAGAAGCUAGGAGAGAUUCUUACUGGAGACGUGUCGUUCAUAGACAAUCCGUACCUGUGUUACAUCGACACGAUAGAAUGGAAGGACAUUGUUGCCGGAUCCGUGACAAUGAUCAACAAUUCCGUCCAUCAGUCAUGCCCGGCGUGUCACCCUGACUGUGAAUUACGCUGCUGGGGACCAGAGCGCAACGAUUGCCAGACACUGACGAAGACGACGUGUGCAGAGCAGUGCAGUAGAGGGCGCUGCUUCGGACCGGACCCUCACGACUGCUGCCACCAAUCGUGUGCGGUGGGAUGCCGAGGUCCGCUCGAUACCGACUGCUUCGCGUGUAAGAUGUUUAACAACAGCGGGACAUGCGUCGACAAGUGUCCAUCACUGGAGAGCUAUGACCUGAGCGAGUUUCAGCUGAAGGACAACCCGGACGGAAAAUACACGUUCGGUUCAACCUGCGUCAACGAAUGUCCGAGUCACCUGCUGAAACAGAAGAGCCACGGCGCAUGCGUAAGGCAGUGCUCGGAGGGAUAUCGCGCAGACGACAACAACUUCUGCGUCGCCUGCGUGGGACCGUGUCCUAAAGCGUGCGAUGGAGGCACAGUUAAUUCGAUGAACAUAGCCUCGUUUGAAGGCUGCACCAUCAUCAAGGGGAAUAUCAACAUACUCGACUCGGCGUUCGUCGAAUACACAGAGUUCAUACAGAACGCCAGCUAUCCUGCCGGCACGAUGAUUGUGACGGUGCCACCGCUGCAUCCGCGGCAGCUGCUGGCGUUCCAGGCCGUACGUGAGAUCACAGGCUAUCUCAAUAUACAGGGAUCACACGUGGACCUACGCAACCUGUCCGCAUUCAGCAACCUAGAGCACAUCAAGGGACGGGAGCUGUACGGUGAUAAGAUAGCAUUGAACAUACAGACGAUCGAGCACCUGGAAUCGCUGGACCUUAAGAAGCUGCGCAGUGUGCAGAACGGUGGCAUCUUCAUCAACGGCAACACGAAGCUAUGCUACGUCGGCACGGUGAACUUUAGCCUCCUCAUCGGCGACACAUCCAAGCAGGAGCUGUCAAUCAAGAACAACAAACCCACCGCCCAGUGCAUGCUGGAUGGUCGCAUGUGUCACCCUGAGUGUUCAUCGGACGGCUGCUGGGGCAGUGAGGACGACGCCUGCCUGAAGUGCGCUCACUACAAGCUAGAACCGGAGGGACUGUGCAUGCACAGCUGUGACGUCCGAACAGGCCUUUAUAAUUCGUCGGAGACCAUCUGUAGUUACUGUCACCCCGAGUGUAGCGGCACGUGUUCCGGUCCGGGUGCGGACAAAUGCGAACAAUGCAAGAACGUCAAAGAUGGCCCCUACUGCCUCGACGAGUGCCCCCUGGUGAAAUAUCUGAACAGCACGUCGGGUGUUUGCAUGCCCUGCGCAGACUGCAAGCUAGGGUGUACGGGCCCGGAGACGUGGCUGGGAGAAGGAGGCUGCAACGCCUGUCACCUUGCCAUUGAGACCACCGGUAGAGAGACGGAGUGGGAGUGUUUGCCGCGGGCGAUGUCACACAGUUGUCCCGCGGGCACCUACUAUACCCUGGUGCGCUACGACCGCCACCUCCUGCUGCAAGAUGACAACACGGAGAUGACGGGGGAUGGGGGAUCUAUUUCAAAAUUUAUAGCAUGUAGGGGUCCCACGUCGCUGGACUGCCUCUCUUGCCGCAACAUGAAGGUUUAUCUUGACGAGGAAGAAUCGCAGGAGGCGGAGGAGGGCGAAGGGAUCGCGCGAUUUAGCUGCACGGCCGGAGUGUCGCCAGACCGGCCGUACGAGACGAGGCGGCCGGAGGAAGGAAACGUGUGCUCAGCACGCCGGUCAACCGGACCCAGUGUGCCUAUCAUCGUCGGCAGCGUGUUGGGGAUCAUCCUCGUCAUCGGUAUCAUCCUCGUCUGCUUCGUCUUACCAGUGUCGCAAGAAAGCGCGCAGUCGGAGGAGGCGACGAUGAAGAUGACAAUACGCAUGACGGCAUCGACGAGCGUGCCGCUGACGCCGACCAACGCCACGCCCAACAUGUCGCGGCUGCAGAUCAUUAAGGAAGCCGACCUCCGUAAGGGAGGAAUCCUUGGCUACGGAGCGUUCGGCACCGUCUACCAGGGCGUGUGGAUACCGGAGAGAGACACGGUGAAGAUACCGGUAGCCAUCAAGGUGCUGCGCGAGGGAACGAGCGCCGACAGCAACAAGGAGAUGAUAGAGGAGGCGCAGGUGAUGGCGAGCGUGGAACACCCGAACCUCGUUCGUCUGCUAGGCAUCUGUCUUGCGGCACAGAUGACCCUCGUGACCCCGCUGAUCCCACUCGGCUGCCUGCUGGUCUAUGUGCGCUCGAACAAGGACAAGAUCGGCUCGAGGCCUCUGCUGAACUGGUGCAUGCAGAUAGCAAAGGGAAUGCAGUAUCUGGAGGAGAGGAGACUUGUACACAGAGACCUAGCUGCCAGAAAUGUGCUGGUGCAAAGUCCUGGUCUAGUGAAGAUCACAGACUUUGGUUUAGCUAAGCUUCUGGACAUCAACGAAGAUGAAUACAAGGCAGCCGGUGGCAAGGUAUAUUAUGCAGAUGUGACUCCGGCUGUGAAGAACGCGAAAGAGCGGCCACAGUUCAAACCCGUACCGGUUGCUGUAGAAAACCCAGAAUACAUGGACUCCGCUACCAAUCAAGAGGAAGCCGAGCGAUUGCGGGCGACAGGUGGCAGCACCAGUUCGGAGGCGUCGGCUGCCGACCACGCCUACUACAACGACUUCGACAGCAUGCAGAAGCGAGACCGGCGCCUGAUCAAACCUCUCACUAAGAACGAGACGUCCGUUCCGUGUCACGAUCCCGUGUUCCGUGUCACGAGCGAUGCGAGACGUUGGAUGCUGGAUUCAGAAAGCAGGCCUUCCUUCAAGGAGCUGGGAGCCGACUUUGCCAAGAUGGCGCGCGACCCGGCACGCUACCUGGUGGUGCAGGGCGACGACCUCAUGCGGCUGCCGUCGUUCACGCCGCAGGACAACCAUGAGUUCAUGCGCGGUCUGAGCGUGAUGGAAGAUGGCGCCACCGGCGGCGGGCAGCGCCGUCUCGUCGACGCAGAAGAGUACCUGCAGCCGACGCCCGCCGCAGCCAUCGCCGCGGCAACGAUGCCUCCUGAGCAGCAGUCUCCGCCCGCGGCGUCACCGCCCACCAGCCCCGAACACGAGCCGUUCGAGUCGCCAAGCAAGAAAAAGCUGCUUGCAACAUACGAGGAGGAGGGGAGGGAACGGGCGGAGUAAGAGUACGCUCACGCUGGAGAAGGCGGUCACCUACGGGCCGCGUGAGAGAGAGGACAGCAUCGCGGGAAGGUACUCCUCCGACCCACUAGAGGCUCGCUUGGGAGAGCAGACAUAGCUGAGGCGCAUCGACGUCCGCCCGGCCACCAGCUUUCGAAC